UAGACCAAUAAAUAAGCAUAUACACUAAACCCACAAAAUAACCCAGAUGAUAUAUAUUGGUAGAUCAAUCGAUCAUCACUAUACAACAAUGACAAAAACAUUGGAGAUUGAUUUGAGAUCAGCAGAAGGGCUCAAGCUAAACCGGAGACCCAUCAAGAAAAAGACUCUCUGCGUCGUAACGAUCGACGAGAAAUCUCGAAAAUCUAAUCUUGACGAAUCAAGAAGAAGCAAUCCAACAUGGAACUAUAAAUCAGAGAUACCCAUCAAUGGUAAUGUACAGUUUAUCACCAUUGAGGUAUUUUAUCGAACAGGUUCUGGGCAUGAGAAAAAAAUCGGUGAAGCUAAAAUCCCGACGAAAGAUUUCAUGGGAAGGUAUUCACCAGAAGGUCAUUUAAACUUCUUGAGCUAUAGAUUGAGAGAUGAGUUUGGUGAUAAGUGUGGGAUCGUCAAUCUUUCGAUUUUAGUUAAAUCGGAUCCCACCACCGUAACGACGGCGAUAAGAGAUUAUGGAGCAUGUUCGUCGCAAGCGGCGGAUACUGGGUUGUGGAGACCGAGAUCGGAGACGCCGUCAAUUGAUGGAUAUGGAGGCCGGACUGUUACCGGAGUUCCGGUUUGGGGUGUGUAUCAACGGCAAUUUUAACUUUUUUUUUUUUGGGCUGAGAACAUAUUAUUAAUUCUUCGUCUUUGUUCCAUAUAUAGAUUUUCCCAAUUUUGGAAUUGAGGAACAAAGAUGUGUGAUUAAUUUUUUUGUUAUAUACUCACGAAACAAAAGUUGAAAAUAGAAAAGUCAAAUUUGU